CCGUUGAAUGAGUGCCUCGCGCUCCGGAGCGUCCCCCUUUUAGAAAGGAUAUCGUUGGGAAAACAAGGAUGCGGUCCGGUGGCCAGCGUGGAUUCACAAGGCGGAAGAUCUCAGUUCACUCGCCUGGGAAAUAGGCUAGUUUAUGAGUAGACCGUGGUAGCCUUGUAUUCGAAAAAGUAAACUUUCCAGGGGAAGAGUACAAAGGGAAGUGAUUAGUGAACUACCGAGCUGACUAUCUGCAGCCCCGUAGAGCAGCUGCUGUUGAUGGCAUAAGUCGCCACGGAGACGCCUGAUCCCCCGCGGUGCAGAGGUGCCGGCUUGUCCGAUCACUGCGUCGUGGCCGUGUGACGCUGCAUCCGCCUGCUGUGCUGCACACCUCAGACCGGAACCAUGCCGGCCCUGUCCACCAGCUCCGGAAAUGACACAGGUCUGUUUGAGCUGCUGGCCACCCUCCCCUCACAGCUCAAGCCGCAUGUGGACAGCCAAGCAGACUGUGCCUUCCUGCAGGACAUGUUCGGGGAGAAGAGCCUCCAGGCGCUGGUCAAGAUCCACGAGAAGCUGCAGCGCUAUGAAGAUCGGAGUCCCACCCCAGUGCUGAUCAGCGCCGGGACCCUGGCCCAGGAUUUGGUCAAGGAGCUGCAGAACAAGCCCGUCGGCCUGGAGAUUCAGGAGUUGCUCGGGUUACUGGACAAGCCCCAUGUCAAGAGCCUGCUGUCAGUCCAUGACACAGUGGCACAGAAGAGCUACGACCCCCAGCUGCCACCCAUGCCGGACGACAUAGACGAGGAUGAGGACUCUGUAAAGAUCAUCCGGCUGGUGAAGAACAAGGAGCCUUUGGGGGCCACAAUAAAAAGGGACGAGUGCACAGGAGCCAUUGUCGUAGCCCGGAUAAUGAGGGGCGGCGCAGCUGACAGAAGUGGUCUGAUCCACGUAGGGGAUGAGCUCAAGGAAGUCAAUGGAAUUCCGGUGGACGACAAGAAGCCGGAGGAGAUCAUCCACAUUCUGGCUCAGUCCCAGGGGGCCAUCACUUUCAAAAUAAUACCAGGCAUCAAGGAGGACGCCCAGGACCGGCAGCCUAAGAUGUUCGUCAAAUCCCUCUUCGACUUUGACCCCAGUGAGGACAAAGCCAUCCCUUGCAAAGAGGCCGGCCUGGCAUUCAAGAAGGGAGAUGUGCUUCAGAUCAUGAGUCAAGAUGACGCCACCUGGUGGCAGGCCAGGCAUGAGGGCGAUGCCAACCCCCGUGCUGGCCUCAUCCCCUCCAAGCAGUUUCAGGAAAGGAGGUUUGCACUUCGCCGGCCGGGAGUCCUCGCCCAGCCCCAGAAGGUCUCCAACCGAAGAUCAUAUGAUGUGGCUGUUGAAUGUGCGGAGGAAGUUGAAGAAGAGACUGACAACGGCAUCUAUGUAAGCGGAUUCCAAAUAGCCAGCCUUCGACGAAGCUUCCGCCUGAGCAGGAAGGACCGCAAGACCAACAAGUCUAUGUACGAGUGUAAAAAGAGUGACCAGUAUGACACGGCUGACGUACCCACCUACGAGGAAGUCACUACCUACUGCCGCCCGCCCAGUGGCCAGCACAGGCUGGUAGUUCUUGUCGGUCCCACAGGGGUCGGUCUGAAUGAGCUGAAGAGGAAACUGCUGAUCUCUGAUCCCCAGCACUUUGGUGUGACAGUGCCCCACACCACCCGUGUGAAGAGGAGCCAGGAGAGCGAAGGGGUGGAGUACCACUUCAUCUCCAAGCACCUGUUCGAGACCGACGUCCAGAACAACAAGUUCGUCGAACAUGGGGAGUACCGUGGCAACUACUAUGGGACAAGCCUGGACUCGGUGCGCUCGGUGCUGUCCAAGAACAAAGUCUGUCUGCUGGACGUACAGCCGCACACGAUAAAGCACCUGCGGACGGCCGAGUUCAAACCCUACGUGGUGUUUGUGAAGCCGCCCACCAUUGAGCGCUUGAGGGAGACGCGGAGGGACGCCAAGGUCAUCUCUGGCAAGGACGACAAGUGUCUGGCGAAGCCGUUUUCGGCCCAGGAGGAAGACUUCUUGGAGAUGAUCAACACCUCCCGGGUGAUGGAGGCCCAGUACGGCUACCUCUUCGACAAAGUCAUAGUCAACGACGACCUGACGUCGGCAUUCAGUGACCUAAAUGGGGCGCUCAAGAAGCUGGAGACAGAAACGCACUGGGUUCCUGUAAGCUGGACGCACUCCUGAAACAGAGACGGAAAUGUGGUGGGAACGACAGGAGGAAGAAGAGAGAGCGAGAAAGCGCUUGGUUAGAGACUGUCCCUUCGGUAGUUAGCGAGGUGUUCGAAGGAAGAUGAUGUAAUUUUCCACUUCUGUACUGCUGCAGGACGCCGCGCUUACCUUACCGCCGGUGUGGUGCCCGGCCCGCGGUAUUACUUUGGUGAAAACACACGGUGCCCUGGGUAUGCAUAGACUGUGGCCGCAAGUCGCCCACUCGGUGUGACUGCCAACCAGUGCUGUGCCAGAAAGAGCCUAGCGUGCUUUAAAUAGGGAUAUACAGAUAUAUAUUUUUUUCGGUUUCGGUGGGAAGGUUUACAUGUACGUGAAAUGUCACACGCUCCUCUGCUUUCAGUGGUACCGUUGCCGGUAAAGACUGUUGAGCUUUCAAACUUUCACGGGGCGCAGGUAUAAUUUUUAUUUAAGAUAAAUUAAUAUAUUUUAAUAUCCUCUGCUCUUUUGCGUACAUUUUUAUAUGCCUCUUUCUUGUUUGUGUUUUUUUUUAAUUGAGACACAAUGGAUAGACGUGGUAUUAGCGCCAGACAUGAUAUUCAGGACUCUGCUGCACUCCAGGCACGGCGUGAUGAGCUUUUUUUUUUUUUCUUUCAAGCUCUCUGUGUGUCAUUUAGGAGCUAUUUUAAACUGUCCGACCUUCUCCUGAAGGUGCCCAACAUAACAGUUUGCCAUUAAAACUACCAGACUUUGGCUCUCCGUUACAAGAAAUGUUCUCAAUCUUGUGUAAUUAGGGUGGAGUGUAGUCUCAUUUAUUCUCAUAAAAUGAGUCUAAAACAAGGAACCUAACAGGGACUUGUAAGCAUUUCCAGAUUUACAACCAAAAGGACUACAAAAUAGCCACUUCCAACUUAACAAGGUCCGUGUUUUUUUUUAAAUUUAUAUAUUUAUAUAUAUAUAUAUAUAUAUAUAUAUAUAUAUAUAUAUAAAUAAAAAGGUUGCCGGGUAUUUGGGGUCUUUUUUUUUUGUUGUUCUUUUUUCUAUCGAGUUUUUGUCAGCUUUCUCUGCCUUUCCUCCGGCUCACUCUCCUCCCCAAUGGCUUGACUGUUUUUAGUGUGCUGAGGUGACACUGUGAAGAGUCCGUGUGACUGUAAGUGGUGUGUGUGUGCCUAAGAGGCUGAGUAUAUGUGUACGUGCUCCUCGACUUACGAUGGAAUCACUGGAACGUAGCCUAAUCUUGAGUGGAAAAUAUCAAAUAUGAAUAUAAUAUGAUAAAUACUGUCACUGAAUAAGUAAAUAAUUACUGCCGCUAACUAAAUACCAAUCGUUGAAAAUUAAAUAAAUUUAUUAAUUUUAGUUUAUUUGUUUAAAUGGAAAAACACCAUACGAUGUGUUGUCUAACACUGUUUAUUCUGGCGAUCGCUACAGAAACUGGAAGUGUGACUGCGUGGAUAUUGACAUCAUCUGGCAUCGGUAGAAAAUAUCGUAUGCCAUAUCACUUGCCCAGGAACAAAUCAAAAUUCAAAGUUUGACUACUGAAUGUGUGUUGUUGUCACCCCAUCAUAAAGACGAAAUAUAAGUCGAACCAUCCUAAACCGAGGAACGUCUACAUGAAUAUAUGUGGUCUUUGUGAACCUGAGAGGAAGCUGGUUAUAUGUGUGCAUGUUUCAGGUUUAAUUGGAUUAAUAUUUGUGGUGUAUGUGUACCCGAGUGGAGACUGGCUAUAUGUGUCCAUGUAUGCAGUGUAAAAGCGUGAAUAUGUGUGGUGUAUGUGUACCUGAGAGGAGGCUGGGUAUAUGUGAGAUUGCAUGAGGUGUAAAUGCAUUAAUAUGUGUGGUUUAUGUGUACCUGAGUGGGGGCUGGGUGUAUGUAUGGAUGUAUGAGGUAUAAAUGAAUUAAUAUGUGUGGUUUAUGUGUACCUGAGUGGAGGCUGGGUGUAUGUAUGGAUGUAUGAGGUAUAAAUGCAUGAAUAUUUGUGGUGUACUGUAUGUGUACCUGAGGGGAGGCUGGAUAUAUGUGUGGAGGUCUGAUGUAUAUACGUGUCUCGGACAAGGGGCACUGGCAAUGAAGCUUGUCUAGGGUGCUGCAUGGCCUUCAGCCGGUACUGAGCACAUAACAUUCCGCACUGCCACUCAUUACACUGGAGGCUGGCAUUGCAAAGUGGUUUGUUUUCACAGGAUUCCUGCUGAUGCUGUGUCCCUCUCACAUCUACUCCUGCAUACUUUUCUCCCAGAGAAGUCAUCAAGUAAUUUUUGCAUUGUUUUAAGUUUUCCAGUGAUGCAUAAAAAAAUAAAUAUUAUAUGAAGACUGUUAAUAGAAAUCAGAUUCACCUCCUGAGGAAACACAAAUUUCUUUUCUAUACAUUAAACAUGUUAUACCUCA